UAAAUAUAUACUUGCCGCAUCUGUGAUCUUUCAUUCAACACUUUUCUAUUGCUGCUCAUCAGGGGACGUCAAGCAAAUUUGGGAUCGAGUAAACACAAUGAAAUUGGCUUGGACAACAAUAAUUAUCUGCAUUUGGCUGGCUCAGUGCCUGAAGGGAAAUGUGAAUGCGAUCCGAUAUAUGCCACGAUUGGAAGGUGCUACCUAUGCCAUUAGGGGAGAUUAUGUUCCGAUGAAAUUCUACGAUAGUCUGCGUACCUCGGACAGGAGCAAGCAAGAGUUGCAAAAUAAAUUGCGCAAUUUUUUGGAAAAUCUACAAAAAAAUCUAACCACCUCAACGCUUCUUAGUGGUUUGGAUACCAGCAUUUCGAGCACACAAAAUCAUUUCCUUAAAUUGCAAGAAUUAUCAACAUUUUUCCAUGAUGCAUCCGAGACAGCGGGUUUAUUUGCCCGAGACAGUGAAAUAUUCUAUGAGGUGACAAAAAACUCAAGCUAUGCCCUCUUGCUUAAACUGCGACAAGUUCCGAUGGCCCAACCGACUGAGAUUAAGAUAUUACUUACUAAUUACUUUGCUGAAAUGGAAUUUUUUCACAUAAUGUUCUCUGAAAUAAUGGACGAGGCUUUGGAGUACACACAAAACGUGUUACGUGCCAUACAAAAGGUAUUCAUAUAUUAUGCCGAUGCUCAGCGUUAUAUACUGCAGGAUUGGAAUCUAAAACCAAAUAUGGUAUGCUGCAAAAUGUAUAUGGAUUUUUUGCAACUCUAUUCGGCUCAAAUAUUCAAGUGUGCAGCCGAUCACGAACUGAAUAUUGCCUACGAUGUGUAUGCCAUGGCGGAAACAAAUGCCAAAUAUAUCAUGAGGCAACUGGAGUUUCGUAUUCAACGUUUAUUCAAUUGUUUUCUCUUCAAAAGCUAUCAAAUACGCUGCCAGUUUCUACUAAAUGCUGAGCAUGACUUUGAGAAACUAUUCAGUAAGCUGGAAGAACUGGAAACAUAUUUUGACAUCAAGACCAAAAGAGGACGUGUAUCGGCUUUAAGAUUUCGACGGAACUUCCAGAACGAGAAUGACAUAAUAGAGUCACGUGUGGAGAUUGCAGAUUGUCUGCCAAAAGACUUUCCCCAUGGACAAAUGCAAAAAGAUUUAAAAUCCUGUUUCUAUUUUGUAGAUAAAAAACAACCGAUUUCAGUGUAAGACAAACGAUUAAAAACUAAAAACAACUUUUCAUAUUAAUUAGCCAAAAUUACAUGGAAUUGUUUUGUUUACUUUUA